CUCUCUUCCUCUGGCACUCCACAGGCGCUCAUUCAUUUAUUUAAGCCUGGCCGACGACAGCAUGCCAAACGCAGACUCCAGCAUCAGAGCUCAACAGAGACUUUCCAACAGAGGACAGCAGGAGUGAGACCCCCUCCUCUCCUCGCACCGCUCCGACAACGUUCCUACCUGCACAGCCUCCCAGCAGGACUUGACUUGGCGCCCAUCGGACACCGCCGACACCCAGGACCAGCGUGGGGGAAAAAAAAACAUUUAUGGGCCCCAAACCUCGCGAGGCCCCCGGGAUGGCGUGCAGCGCGUGCUACUACCUGGUUAUCAGCUCCACACACCUGAGUAAUGGACACUUCAGGCGCGUCAAGGGAGUCUUCAGAGGACCUCUGUGUCCAUCCGCAAACAGUGACUCACCGGAACGCGCGGAGAGGGCUUUGGGUUGCUCGGUGGAGGAUCUGAAGGCUCUUUUCUACUGUGAGCUGUGUGACAAGCAGUACCUCAGACACCAGGAGUUUGACAACCACAUCAACUCCUACGACCAUGCACACAAACAGAGGCUGAAGGAGCUCAAGCACAGAGAGUUUGCUCGUAACGUAGCCUCAAAAUCAUGGAAGGACCAGCGCAAGCAGGAGAAGGCUCUUCGGCGUCUGCACCAGCUCGCACAGCUGCAACAGGAAACUCAGCGAGUCCAAAGAAGGACCUAUGGCCUAAGACGCACAGUCAGAGCUGUGAGUCAGAAGCGUGAUAAAGAUGUGACACAAAGAGACCGCAGCCCUAAGGACAAACCUGAACCCUUGUGCCAGCCCCAGCGAUCCACUUCUACACAGCCCAGGACAACUACUGUCAGCUACCCGUCAGAAAAUCUGUGCAACUCUGUUUCCCAAGUACCACCGGCCACUGCUCUAGCAGAAUCCCCACUAGUGACUGAGACAGCCGAUACAAACACUCCUGCAGUGAGCCCCCAGUCUUGCCACAGCCUGUAUCCUCAGCUGCCUCUCUCUUCACAGGGGAGAGUGGGAGGCAGACUUGGAGUAUCCUUCUGUUUCUCACGCAGGGGGCCUAGGCUGGAGCCUUCUGCCUCUGUUUUUUCAGACCUGGAGGAGGAGGAGAGAGAGAAGAGGGAACAAAUGAAAGAAAGGAUAAGGGGAAUAAUUGAAGAUAUUGACAGGGAAAUUGGGGUAGCAGAUGAGAGGAAACACAGCGCAAGUGAAAAAAAGGAUAAGUCUGGCACUGACAGUGUCUUACCAAGCGACAUGCACCCGUUCCCAAGAGAGGCCAUAAAGGAGGAGGAACAGAUUGAAAAAAGAGACUUAGUAAAAGAACACUUUCCUAUUUCCACAUCAGCACCUGAUAAUCAGAGUCAUGAUUCGCUGUUCUCAGCGUCACAAUCUCAGGUGACCGUAUGGGGCAUAGGAUCAGCAGUAGCACACAUGGAUACCAAACACACAGAAAGCAAGUCAGAGGAAAAGCAAGAAACGGAGAGCGAGCGGGAGGCGAGUCAGGAUGUGUGUGUGCUUGGGAAGGAUGGCUCUACUCGUCUGAGAUGGCCUGUCAGUUUGCUUAAGUUCACCAAGUCUCAACCACACAUCUCCUACAGCUGCAACCCGCUCUGCUUGAACCAUCAACGGCCAGAAAAAGUCGCAGAGGAUCUGAAGGACUCACAACAAAAUCAGUUGUGUUCCCUUUCAGAUGAAUCAAAACUACGCGUACCAGCUAUUCUUAAACCAGACACUCAAUCGUGUUUACAAAGACAGAUAAGACAAGAGUUGAGAGCACACAGGGAGAAAAAAGCUGCGGAAAUUUUCAAAGCAGAGCAACAUAUCGAUGUGGAGACAGAAGCACACCUGUUCCUAAAGAACAAAAACCUUUUAUCAUCAGAAACAAGACCAGAAAAAGAACGAUGCAUGCUAAGUAUGGAGAACUGCAUGCGGGCAGCUCCCCAUCCAUUUGACCCCACUCAUAGUGACAGCUCUGACACAAACUUCCAGAAUCCUCUGGGAGGCAGAUUAGAGGGUGCGAGAGGGAUCAGGGAGAAAGCCAUCACAGCCCUGAGCUGUAAAUUAGAGUCUGUCACCCAGCCUGGCACACAGGAGAUGUGCAUCAGCCCAUCCAGGUGUGAGUGUGGGAGUGAGACAAUGUGCAAGUGUGCCAGUGCUCCACAGCCGUAUGUGGGUGUCUCUGAAGUAUCACGCAAAAAGAGAAAAGCCAGCACAAAGAAACACAAGCUGGGAAAGAGAAAGAUGGCUGAGAAGGAAAAAACUUCAGACAAGCGCCAAUCAGCAAGGUGCAAAGUGAGGAGUGUUAUCUCUACAGUCUCCACUGGAAGAGAGAGGAAAGGAGAAACUGGAGGGAGAUGGGGAAAGAAAAGGAGGCAAAGAGAGACGAGGAUGAGGAAGGUGGGGGGAGCAGGGAGCAGCUGUCUCCUGGGGAGAUGUGAGGCUGAGCCAGUAUCUGUCUCUGUCAGGAAGAGGAGGCCUCAUAGGAGCCACAGCACUGAAUGCCAGUCACAGUCAGACAGAGAGCAGGCAGAACACUCCAGCGUCUACUCCCAUCUCAGCAGACACACAGCAGACCGACACAUCGAGAAGGAGGGAAAACGAGACGGAGACGCGGCGACUUUUCCCUGGCGGUCUCACUUCUCCUUACACUCCUUCUCACCAGGAUGUAACUCAAAGCUGUUUUGGGAAAGGGGUCACCAUAGCAACCCCAGGAGUUUCAUUGACUGCUGUUACCCUGACAACAGCUGCUGUAACAGCUCGAUGAAAAAGCGAAAACUCCUCCACGGGGACAGGAAAUUCAUUCAUAGUAAGAGGAAGAGUUUGAGGCAUCGUGAAUUCUGGGAGGAGAGGGGGAGGGAAGCACAAGGGCAUUCAGGUGCCCGAGACAGAGGCCUGACUUCAGGUACAGAAGAGUGGGAGUGGAUGAGAGGGGCCUGUCCUGGAGGUAGUGAGGAGGUGAGGUCAAGGACUGGGUGGAGCUCGAGGAGCAGAGCAGUGGAGUGGGAUAAGGCUGCAAGGUUUAGCCCCAGUCCUAAGAGCUGGGGCAAAAGGCGCAGACAUCUUAGCACUGAAGAUGUAGACUGGGAUAGAUGGACAUGGGGCAGCAGUGACAGCUGGGAAGACAGGGGGACACACAGGUCCACAUCAGGCUCCAGGACAGGAGCUGACAGGAGAGACAGCCCGGGCGGUGCAAGGAUAUGUGCAGGCACCAGACGCUCAAGUUCAACACACUUCUCGAGCCCUGAGUGGUGGACAAGCAGACAGACGUACAGCUGCCAGAGUGUGAUCAACACACAGGACAGCAGAUGCCACAGCCCACGCUCUUGCAGCCCUUGUAGCAGCACCAACAUGUCUGAGCUGAGCUGGGAGUGGAGCAGGAGUAGCACCUGCUCAGGAGUCACUAUGGAUGGGUUGACAGUUAGCUCCUGCAAGAUGUCCUCGGGGGCUGCAGAGGCCAGUCAGCAGGCAAAAAAGCAGAGCAGCCUCAUGUCCAUUUCAUCUGCCCUCUCCUCGAGCCCGUUCACACAUUCAUCUCCCAACAGAUCCACUUUUGCACCGACAGUUCCAAGUGUCAACACACAUAAUUGUGACCGAAGUCUUUCACAGCUAAAGGAUUCACAGUCUAGCCAAGGGCCCUCUGCCUCUGUCAACAUAAGGGGCCCAGACACAACCCUUUCAGCUUUAUCCCCCAGUAAGUCACUGCUACAAAAACCAUCUAGGUUGCUUCUGCCCCUUAUAGGAAAACUACCUGCAAUUCAGCGAAAGGCUCAGAAGAAAAAGGGGCUGCUUGAGAAGAGUCAGGAGAAGGAGAGAGAAGACGAAGAGGAAGCUAAGAGUUGUGGCACAGAUCCUGGAGCAACCACUGACAGUCAGAAAUGUUCUCCAGUUGGGUCAAAUCCCAGCAGCAUGCCAAAUGUCUGCCCAUCACAGAUUAGAACUGACGAUGAACAGACAGGUGGAGAGACAGCUCCGCCGAUCAGCUUUACCGCUGAGGAGAUGGACAAAUAUCGUCUCCUGCAAGAGCAGGCAAGAGAGCACAUGCAGAAAGUCCUGGAAAACAUACAAGAAAACACAGACAAAAACACACAGGCAAACUACACACACAACCUGCAGACAGAGAACUGUGGGAAUUCAGAGGAGCAAUACUCACCUCCGCAGCCUCAAGCCCAGUUAAUUCAUACAGACACGAUGCAUAAGCAAGUACAACACACCCUCCAGGUCAGUCUCCCACUUCCACACGUCAACCCACAAGAGAACUUUAGUCAGCCCAUAGCUCUGGGUGUCCCAAACCUCACCCCACUCGCACCAUCUUCCCCUCUCUCGAAUCUCCAUCACAUCAUUUUACAGCACACAGGCCUAUCCAUGCCCCCUCACUCUUCCUCGACUUCCAGCUCACCCCCCUCUCCUGCCAUCCACCCACAGCCAGUUCCACUUCCUCACCCCCUCCCCCCUCGCCACCCUUCCCUCCCUCAUCAUCUUCACUUCGCCCCUUUCUCCAUCUCCUCCCUGUUUCCCUCCAUCCUGCUAUCACAUCCUCCCACCCUUCUCCUUCCCCAGUCGCCCACUUUCCACGCAACCCCAGUCUCUCCACUCUCCCCAGUAGCUCUGCAACCCUUGAAUCCACAGCCUAUCAUGGACAGAUCGUGGCCAGUGAAGUUUCAGCAGAAGGCGUUAUGAUUUUGAGAGUGGGUGCCAUGUUUAUUAAUCUUUCUUGGCAGCACUGGCUUGUGGGAGAGAGAAAGGAGGAAUGUUUGGUUUGAAGAAAGGCCUGCUAUUUGAAAUUGGGAUGUGUCAGUGCUUUUAGUAGUAUCAACUCCAACUCUUAUUGCACAUAUGCCUUUAGACACAGAUACACACCAAGACACACACGCUCGUUCGCAUGCAUACACACAAACAGCCAAACUAUUGACUGUUUUCAAAUGAGAAUUUGUUUCUCCAUUUAGCCUCUGCUGUGUUUAAACAGACAGUGAAAGAACAGACUUUGAUCCUUUGCUUUUUCCAUCAUUCCUCAUUCACAAGCAGAAUAAAGAGAAAGGUGCACCUGCUAUUCAAAGACAAGCUAAGCUUGUGUCAUCUUCUCUCUUUCCUUCUGAACCACAGACAGACCAGCUGCCUUUUGAAGUAUCCUUCAUGCCAGGGACAGAGACAGUGAUAAUACUCUCCCCUUAUCUCCAUUUCAUACAGGUUAUCUGAGUUAGAGAGUGACUUUCAGCUAACAUAAAUAACGCUCCAGUGGCCGGUGAAUAUGGCAAAGACAUUUUAACCUUGUUGUGGACUGUAUGUGCGGGUGUAAGGUAAUUCUGAUGACACACACUCAUUCACAGCAGGAAGAACAACAUCUAAUUUCCAUAUCUGACACGUGUAAAGACCUGCUUUUUCUCUAUAGUGUAAAUAUUCUGACAGUAUAUGAUAAUAAUAGAAUGAUGAGAAACACCAAAAUAAAAUGUGAAUUUAACCUUGACCAGUAGUACAAUGCUUACCCCACACUCCAUGAUAAACCUUUUACACAACCUUCCAUGUGUGACAUUAAAAACAGUUUUUUUCCUCCAUGAAGCAUUUAACAAAUCAGUUUGUAAGACAGAAAUGAAUGAAUCUGAUAAGUUACAAUAAAGCGUGAGUGAAAAUAAUUUUUCUCCCCCGUCUUAUUCUUGUUGAUGGCAACGUGUUGCAACAAAGUCCAAAUUAAGAAUUAAUACUGCGUGGUUUUUCUGCAGUGGUUACAUUUUUCAUGCAAGCCUUUGUCAAAGAGUGUACAUGGAUGAUUUUAAAAUGGUACAAAAUUAUUAUAUUUUUAUUAUAUCAUAAUGUUUUUUAGAAAUGCAGCAAUUUGUUGAUUUGGAAAGCAGUUACUGUGUGUCCUGACCAUCCCAGAGGCACGAAAGAAAAACUAAUUGUGACACUUUUGUGUCAGCCGUAGAAGAAGACUCGAAACAUUUUGUACAUCUUAUUAUCCUUUACAAUUUUUUAAAGAUCUGUUUAUUCUUUAACCAAAUUUUAUCAUCUAGCUGUUUCAAAACAACACUUUUUAAAAGUGCAUAUAGAAGAAAAAACUUUUUCAAUCACUAAAAAAAGAAGAAAAUAAACACACACACACGCACGCACACAGAUGACUUUCUUACAUAUCUCGCCAAGGGUUAUGGAUGCUGGUAACUGUUGCUAUGUAUUCAAGCCUGGUGAUUGGUGAUGUGUCAAAGCUGCUUGCCAAAUAGUUGAUCACUGCAGCGGCCGGCACUCGGGGAGCAGAACACAGAAGAGAACAGAGCGGUAUCCAGAUGGUCUAUGGGCUUAGACUACCCAGAGCGCUUUGAGAGAUUGGAUUGAUUUGCCCUCCGUGAUAUCAGUGAACACAGCCCAACACAUGAGGGGGGCUUCAGCAAGGGGUGACAUAAAUACAGGCUCAAAAGCAAUACACAAAAUGUACACUUUCUGUCCUGAAGCGUUGGCUACAAAUAAGUCAUCUCUUGCAGAGAUUCAGUAAUUAGAGCACGGGUCUGCUUUCUCCUCCCUGUGACCCUUGAGCCUGUGUGUAAAGCGCGCGAAUUUGGGAGAAACAGAAACCGAGAUUCCCUAUCUCUCUCCACAGGACCGGAGAUCAAACAGACUGUGUGAAAUAUAGAGCAGCAAUAAUUAGCAGCUGUUACAGCAUCAAACCUUUCUAUCGCUACCUCUCCCUCUCUGACACGCACACACACUAUUACUCCAUUCUUUCCCAGAGUUUAAUUUGGAGACACUCAAAUGUGCUGCAACUUCUGCGUCCUCAAAUGCUGAUAAUCACAGAGAUCAUAUAAAAGCAAACUGCUCCAGUUCAUAACUCCGACUCUCUAAUGGGGAAAUCCAUGAAAACAGUCACACACAAAAGAACCUAAAAGGUGGAGAUUGAACGCUAAACACAGCGUGUCAUUUCAAAAGCCUAUUUAUCCAUGAAUAGCGAGGCAAUAGUGGAAUCUUCACAUUAUUAUAUCACUAGAUUUUUAGGCUCCCACGCACACACUUAUCCAAACUGGGGUCACGUGAAAAUUAGCAAUCGCAAUAUCACUGUACUUUCUGUCAGUGACUGAUUAAACCAUUACCUAAGCCCCAAGAUUCGCCCCCUGGUGUGUACAUGUUUUGCUGCUGUGUGAGCACACACACACGCACACACACACUCAGGAGUGUGAGUUGAUUUAUGAUGGAGAGGAAGCGGUUUCUUCAGUCAAUCGCUUCUGAGAAUUAAUGAGGAAUAAAAACUAAAGCUGGCACUCAGUCAAAAUACACCAGCAGUCACAGAGAGCUCACUGCUGAGG